AUGGAAGAGAACUGGGAUCACGCAGCACCACUUUACGACGUCUCCUUGCAAACAGAUAUAUCCCCAUACUCAACAGCAGACCUCAUUGACGAUGAAGGACAUGCCAAUGGGAGCAAUAAGAUGAUGCAGACUGAGGAUACUUCGUAUGAAUUGCCAAUUAAUGUAGGUUCAUCGUCAGGCACUAUUGAAAACAUGAAUGGUAUAUAUGAGGACCCUCUUCCACCUACCGACUGCCAACGGGCCAUAUAUGAUGACCCUCUGCCGCCUACAGAUUCUCCAAUGGAGGAUUUCAAGACUUCCAUCCCUGAUUUGGAUGAGCAUUAUUCGACAUUGGGCUCUCAACGUCUUACAAGUAGCAAUUACGAUGUGCUCAAGAGAGAUCCGCUCACAAAGAAGCCCAUCAUCAACAUGAAGCGCAUUUCUUUGGGUAGGGAAGACGACUUCAGCACCAGCGCGAUGGAGACUGAGUAUGACAAUGUGAUCAAGGUGCCCAUCCUGACUACAUCGGGCGACGCAACACAGGAAGCUGAUGCAAACCUCUAUGACAACAUCGGAAAGGCGGAUUGCAAACAGAUACCUGGUGCAAUGCAGACAUCAAGUAACAGAAGUGCACAUGACAAUGCAGUCGUCCUGAUUUCCUAUGAUAUCGAAUUCAGCAUUUCCGCAUAUGAUACUGUUCAGCGAGUGUCACGCGAGGGUGUACAGAGUAUGUCUGAGAACACACGCCUUACAGAUCCUGAUCAGUCAUUUUCAGCAUAAUAUGAUGAGUGCAUUGGGGAACUGCCCAAUACAACUCAUGAAGGCUCAUCGUACAUUGUUCAUGACGAUGAGGCACCGCUGGAGACAGCAGAAGGCACGCACCUGGCGUCGGAAGACUCAGGUCAGGAUAAUACCUUGAAGGAAGAUACUAUGGUUUAGAAUACUGCUCAAAGUGAUUCUGGGAAUGGACAACGAACACCGGCAAUAACAAAAUACACCUUCCUAUUAUUUCAAGUACAGUAACAGAUAAACACGAAACAGCCUAGACGUUGCUUUCUCCGAUUCCAAUACAUCCAUGAUGGUCUUUCCCUGGACACUUGCAACCUCAUAUGUGCUAACGAUACACAGAUGCAAUGUAAGUCUGAUACGUUUCUGCUGAUUUAGUACAUUUUACUACCUCUUUUGCCUGUAUUUGAAAUUGUUUCAUUUGCUUCGAAAAGAAGUUGGUUGGUUUUUUUUGAA